CUUCGAGGUUUCACACAAGGCAUGUAUGAAGAUCGUCGUUAAAGUGAAACGAGGAAUAAACAUCACCAAGGGUUAUUGGGGAGACAAACUCGACACACCGGAUCCCUACGUAGUGUGCUACCUGGCGGGCUCUGCGGAACAUUACCAGCGUACGGCGACGAUAGAUAAUGAGGCAAAUCCGGUAUGGAACGAGACGUUGACGUUUCUUUUUGAUGUGGAUCGCAACAGCAUUAUGAAGAUAAAGUUGAUGGAUGCGAAUUAUACUGUGGAUGAGCGUCUUGGCGAACAGAUUUUCGCAAUCUACGAACAUUUAAACGUUGGACAAACAAAGACCGUGAUGUUGAAUUUUUUCGAGACAUCUCAGGUCGAAUUUGAUUUCUCACUAGAGAUUGCGAAACCAGACUUGAGAUUCAGUCUUGCAUUGUGCGACGAAGAAAAGGAGUUUCUCGAGGCGCGAAGAGAAAAAGUAUUUGAGAACAUGCAGACAUUUUUAGGCGAACGCGCGCCUACAAGUAUACAUCAGGCUCCCACUGUGGCUGUGCUCGGAUCAGGGGGCGGCUUCAGAGCAAUGGUUGCCUUCAGUGGAGUGUUCGACGCUCUCACCGAAUGCGGAAUACUCGGCGUAACCACGUAUGCUGCCGGCCUGUCCGGGUCGUCAUGGUACAUGUCCACGCUAUACUCGCAUCCGGCCUGGCCGGGGACGCCACCAGGGGCGCUGCAGGACGAGUUGAGGUCAAACAUUGAUUCCAAGGUCAGCGAGCUGCUGACGAUUGGUAGCAUGACGAGAUAUGUCGACACAAUCGUCAGGAAGCGCAUGCAGGGUCAGCCAAUCAGCUUCACCGAUUUUUUUGGUCACCUGGUGGGAGAGACACUGCUGAAAGACAGAAUGAACGUGAAGCUGUCCGAUCAAGUGGAGCGAAUUAAAGAUGGCGACGUACCGAUGCCGCUGUACACUUGUCUUCAUGUGAAGAAAUCCGUGUCUGCGAUGCUAUUCCAUGAAUGGCUAGAAUUUUCGCCGUAUGAAGUCGGCAUGGCCAAGUAUGGCACAUUUAUGAGCACAAAGCUGUUCGGUAGCAAGUUUUUCAUGGGUUGCGUGGUCCGACAAUAUCCGGAAUCCCCGCUCCACUUCCUGCAAGGUUUGUGGGGAAGCGCGUUCUGCAUACUCUUCAAGCGUUUACUGAGAGAUGAUAAAUCUCGAAAGAUGGACCCAGUGGAGAUCAUGCGCCAGGAGCUUGAGGCGAGCCGACUCGCUGCGGAGGCAAGCGACCGCAGCGACAAUGACAGCGGCGGCGAGUCGGACACUGACGAUGACGAGCGGGAGACAGCGACGCUAGAUGGCGCUCUGAACAGGCGCGAGAAGAAGGAGAGCAUCUGGAAGAACGCCCUGGCGGCGGUGUUCACCAGCAGUGGCGUUCCCUUGUUGAGAUCGAGAACAGGGAGAGCCGGGAUGGUGCAUAACUUCAUGCGAGGGCUAUCGCUGACUCAACUGUUUCCUUACUCGCCUUUCACGCCCGCGGAGUUAACUCAAAGCACGUCGCCCGUCUUCAAGUGCAUUCAUGAAGCCCUGAAGACAGAGGAGAAGCUGUUAUUUCUAGUCGAUAGCGGACUUACUUUCAACUCGCCCUACCCGCUACUGCUGCGGCCACAGCGGGCGGUCGACGUCUUGCUGUCGUUCGAUUUCUCAGCUCGGCCGAGCGACUCAAGUCAGCCAUUUAAGGAACUUAAGUUAGCCGAGGCGUGGGCACUGAAGAAUGGGCUGCCCUUUCCCCCAAUCGACGUUGGGAAAUUUGACCGAGAAGGCAUGAAGGAAGUGUACGUGUUCAGACACCCUACUGACGAGUACUGUCCCAUCGUUGUCCACUUCGUCCUCGUCAACAUAGAAUUCAGGACGUUUCUCACGCCUGGUGUUCCGCGCAGGACCGACGAAGAGCGCGAAUUCGCCGACUUCGACAUUUUCGACGACGCCGACGCUCCCUACUCGACCUUCAACUUCACCUACACGCACCGCGCCUUCCUGCGUCUCUCCCAGCUAAUGCGAUUCAACACACUGCUAGGCGUCGACGUCGUCAAAGACGUGCUUGCCGACGUCGUUCAGAAGAAACGCACCAACCCACCCGAGUGCUUCGUGCGUUUAAACUCGUUCCGUCACGUGCGCAUGCGCCGCAAGGAAAAGCAGAAGCUGCGGAAGUACGUCGAGGACUUUCGGCGCAGCGGCGUUGGUGGUUACGACGACCUCGUCAAGGAGUUGGACUCUGUCAUCGAGCAGAGAUCGUCUGUGGAGGACGGCAGGGCCGACCUUGCCAGAGAGUUAGAUGAGCUCAUCGAAAAGCGCUCGUCGACGGUCGACAACCGCGACGACCGUCUUAGAGACUCAGACAACAUCGUCGACGAUAGGUCGCCGAUAGAGGGCGACACCGACGAACUUGUGAACGAGUUGAGUGCCUACAUCGAAAAGCGGUCAUCGACGGCGCUGCGCCCUAGCGAACUUACCAAAGAGUUAGAUGACCUCAUCGGUGAAAGGUCACCGAUAGAGGGCGGCACCGACAAACUUGGUGAUGAGAUAGGAGCAUUCCUCGAGCUGAGAUCGUCGACGGAUGCGUGCGCUGCGACCACAAGCAUCGGAGAGCGACUGAGGUUCUACUCUGCGUCCGAAGACUUCUCAGCCGACGACGACGACGACCACGGCGGCGAAUCCACCUACGCAUCACCCACGUAG